AUGGCUUCCGGUAACGGUUAUUUUGCGCAGCGAUUACUACAUCUUGUUGGUGGAACAAUUGGAUUUUAUCCUGCAAAUGCAAUUCAGAGGCGUAAUCCUCACAACUACUUAGCAGAUUUCAAGGAAGAAGAAAAAUUGUACAGUGAUUCUGAGCGAUUGAUUGAGUUAUUGGCCAAAUGGAAUUGUAGCAGUACUGCAAUCGAAUCAUGCCUCAUCGAAUUAACCCAGUUGUUGGCACAACAGCAAUUCUGGGGCACGGAGGAAGCUUGGAUCAGUGAUUUACAAAGUAUUGGAUAUCGUUUCCCGAAAAUCGAAAGCAUGAAGCAAAUCGAGGCAGAAUACGAUUGGCCAAACUGCAGGAGAGCUUUUCUGGCUUUCAAUAUCACAACCGAUGCAAUGCGGGAUCAGUUCGAUAGCAUCAAUGAUUUGUAUGAAUGGUGUAAUAAUGCUUUGGAUGAUGAAAGUAAAUUAGAGACUCUCCAAUGCAAACAGAAACAUCCAGCACCAACAGCCAUGACAGAAAGCUUGCGAAACAAAGCAUUAAUUAUAACGAGCAACUAUCAGAUUAAGCCGUUGAGCUAUAUUCAUUUGUAUGAAAGUGAAAUGCACGAAGGUUAUUUUGCCUACUAUUGCACUUCAAAAGCAAUCGAACUGAGACUGCAACACAUUGAUGGGUUGGUGAAAUUUGCGAUUUUGUCCUGA